CCACACGUGAAACUCUCCAUGUGUGAGAGAUCAGUCGCAUAGCGUACAACUAGCCGGACCAAAUACUUUGCCUCAUCCAUCCCAUAACCUAAAGUUAUUUGUCUCUAAUGGUUAUUAUUGAUAAUACAAUGGAUGUUUCUGACGAGGACGUGCAGUUGGGUGAAGAAUCUGAUGAUGAAAACAGCGAAAUGUCAGAUGGAGAGCUUCAAGAAGCUUUCGCGAAAGGCCUGCUUAAACCUGGAAUGAACAUCACGGUUGACAGACCAAAGAAAUUUGUCAGCAAUCAUGAGGGUUUGAAAAUGUGCCUCGCCGACUUCAGUAAGAACCUUCCCUGGGUGGAGAGGUUAGACCUGGUCAACCUGCCCGCAGAUGACAUCAUUGCCAAGGCUGAGGGCAAGUUGGCCAAUGAGAGCAGUGGAGAGAUUAAUCCAGACGAUGACUUUCAAAGGGAGAUGUUUUUCUAUCGCCAAGCUCAAGCAUCUGUUCUUGAAGCACUACCACGUCUAAAGAAACUCAAAAUAUUUACCAAAAGACCAGAAGACUACUUUGCAGAGAUGGCCAAGACGGAUCAACAAAUGCAGAAGAUCAGGAAGAAGCUUAUCAGUAAACAGGCCAUUUUGGAGAAAUCAGAGAAGGCGAAGAAGCUGAGAGAACAGAGGAAGUACGGCAAGAAGGUGCAAGUGGAGGUCAUUCAGAAGAGACAGAAGGAUAAGAAGGCGAUGAUGACGGCUGUGAAGAAAUAUCAGAAGGGAAUGUCAGACAAACUAGACUUCCUAGAAGGGGAUCAGAAGACGCCUAAAGGGGCAGCGAACGCCAAAGGAUCCACACAGACGCCUAAAAACGCAGUCAACAAGAAAGGCCCUAACUCCAAGAACCCUAACUCCAAGAGGAAGCACAAGGACCAGAAGUUUGGCUUCGGAGGGAAGAAGAGUGGGGCCAAAUGGAACACCAAAGAGAGCCACAACGACGUGUCAGGGUUCCGUGCCAAGUUGGCUCACGGGAGAGGAGGGAAGGGAGGAAGGGGAGGAGCUAAAGGAGGCAAACAGAAACCUAACAAACGACCCGGCAAAAACGUGCGCAAGAAGAUGAAGGGAAAGUCUUAAUCGUCCGAUUUUAGAAGGUUCUAGAGUGCAGUCUGGUGGACCGCUUGGUCUGUGUCCUUAGACUGGGUUUGGAUAUGCCACAGGGCUUCAUACUGACACUGACCCGGCUUCAUGGAGGCAUACUUCAGGUUUCACACAAGCAUACAUCUCUCAUGGAGCAUUUGUGACUAUGAACUAAGGGUUUGUCUUUUGACUGUUGGGGGGGGGGGGGGGGGGGGGGGGGGGGGGGUUCACCAGAGAGACUGCCGUGCAGGCUGUGCUAUGUGGACAUUUUGUUAUAUUAUAUUUGUUUUGAGUGUCAGUGCAAAUUCAGAGAGGAAACCUCCAUUCCACCACAAGUUCAAUAUUACUCCGGACAUUUUUUCUCGUGCUGUUUUAUAAACAAACAUGGAAUCGGACAAGCAAGAGAUAAUUAUGUUUUUGUUUGCUUUUAUUGUUCGUUUUUGGAAAGGCAUGGAUUCCAUACUGUUGCAUAUUACUGUAGUGACUAGUUUCCAGUAAACAUUCUUCUUGUUUAAGGCUUCAAUAGUGGAUUAGAGAUUUUUAUGAAUUAAACAUUUUGCAUUCAGCUCUC